AUGGAGCCAGCAACACUGGCCGACACGAGCUCCGUCGUCUCGAGAACGCACAAGGCCUUGGCCGCGCGACUCGCAGACGCCGAGACGGCGGCCAUCGAAGCGCGCAAGGCGACCGAGGUCGCGAUCGAACGCAACGGUCACCUCUGCGCCGAGAACGCGCUGCUGCGCACCCAGAUGGCUGCGCUGGUCGCCGCGCGUGCAGAGAACGAGAUGGUUUGUGCGAACGACCGCUUGAAGCAGCACGUGCUGUGGCUCGAGAGCGAGUUGGCGCGUGCCACGGCCAUCUCGCUUGUGACGGCCAAAGUCGUCGCGAGCCGCGUCGCCGUGCGCGACGGUCGCCAGUACAUUGAGUACAAGCUGCAGAUAGAGACCGACCGCCGCGGGACGCUGUACGUGUGGCACCGCUACUCGACCUUUCGCAGUCUCUCGGCGUCGCUGCACGCCAAGCACCCAGUGGUGCCCGACCUCCCCAACACGCAGCUGUUUGGGCACAGCACGGCGAUCGCGAUCGAGGACCGCACCGCGCGCCUCAACCACUUUUUGGACGUUGCCUGCAGCGUGCAGGACGUUCCGUGGGCCAUCCGCGUCGACAAGGACACGGUGGUGUACAAGCGUACCCAGAGUCCACAGGUCGGUGCGCGCACAGAGGACGAGCUGCGUGCGACGUCGUCUUUGUCGUCUCUGUCGAGUCGUCAGCCGCUCGCGAGCCACUUGCUCUCGAACACCACCAAGUCGAAAUAG